CAUGGCAGGUCCAGAAACUGAUGCCCAAUUCGAGUUCACUGGUAUUGAAAAAUAUUUCAACUCUUAUACUCUCACAGGUAGAAUGAAUUGUGUACUGGUCACAUAUGGAAGCAUUGCUUCAAUGAUCUUAUACUUCAAGUUAAGAUCUAAAAAAAUUCCAGCUGUGAAAGCAACAUAAAUGGAUUCUAAACUGUACUUCAUCUGUGAAGUUCCCAUGCCUG